AUGGAUGCACCAGAGGAGAACAAGAAUCUCCCUUUUUCCAACAAACAAGAAGAGGACGAUUAUUGGUUUCACGAAUACAUCGUUAGUCUACUCUCGGUUGAGGAGGCUGUCCCUAUUGAUGAAUUGCUUGGCAAGCAAGAACCAGGUGUUGGCUAUGUACAAGAUGGCUAUAUGAAGGAUUCAGUUGAUGUUGGAACGAAACCUGAACUACCGAGCUGCACAUCUUCACUGCAUGAGAAGAAUGCUGCUAGUUAUCAAAAAUCAUUACUUCCUAGUUGUUACACUAGUGACUCACAAAGGUGUGUUUUGCCAAGAAAUGAUUCUUAUGUGAUUGCACUUCCAGCCUUAAAUAGGUCUUCUGCAACGAAAACUGAAUCAUCGAGCAGCACUUCUUCCUGGCUUCUUUCUGCCAGCGAAGGGAAUUGCAUAUCGCAGGUCCCUGCAUCAACGGAGAGAUAUUUGGGGCCACCCGAGAUUGAAGUUCAGGCUACUAAAGAUUUCACUCAGUCAUCAGUUCACGUUGCUAGGUCUUCUGCAAGGUAUCCUGAAUCGCCAAACAGUACUUCCUCUUUGCUUCUUUCUGCCAGCCAAAGGCAUUGCCUACCGCAGGUCCCUGCAUCAGCGGAAAGAUAUUUUGGGCCAUCCGAGAUUGAAGUUCAGGCUACUAAAGAUUUCAAUCGGUCAUCAGCUCACAUUGCUAGGUCUUCUGCAAGGCAUCCUGAAUCGCCAAGCAAUACUUCUUUUCUUCUUCCUGCCAGCCAAGGGAAUCACCUAUCGUCGCUGAUUCCUACACCAACGGAAAGACAUUUGAGGCCAUCCGAAAUUCAAGUUCAUGCUACUAACGAUUUCACUCAGUCACCAUUUCACAAUGCUAGGCCUUCUCCAAGGAAACUUGAAUCACCAAGCAGUACUUCUUCUUUCCUUCUUCCUGCCAGCCAAGGGCAUCGCCUAUCCCUGAUCCCUGCAUUAACGGAAAGACAUUUGGGGCCAUCCGAGAUUGAAGUUCAGGCUACUAAAGAUUUUACUCAGCCGUCAGUUCACAUUGCUGGUGAAGAUUUCGGUCAGAGUAUCUCCCAAAGGAAGAGGAAAAUGCACAAUUCUGAUAUAACUGAGCAAGGAGGGUCAUGCAGAAACUGUAACUGUACAUCAAACUGUUUGAAACCUUAUUGUGAAUGCUUUGCUGCCGGAGUCUACUGCGCAGAACCUUGCACAUGUAAAGGGUGCUUAAAUAAAUCUAUCAAUGAAUAUAUAGAAAUUAUGCAAACUCGCAGGAAUACUGAGUCUAGCGUUCCACACUUACUUGUUCCUAAAGUCAUAAGAAGUCCUGUUACCUCACCUCCAAUUGGGGAUAACCCCAACAAAACUCCAGCAUCAAAGAUAUGCCAUUGCAAGAAAAUAGGCUGCCAUAUGAAAUCUUGUUCUUGUUCUAAGGGUCGUGUCGGUUGCUCCAUUAGUUGUAAAUGUGAAGGGUGCGAAAAUAUGUACGGUAGAAAGGAUAACAAAGAACUUCGACGGGAAUCAAAUGCUUUUGGAUCUCAAACUAAAUUUGAAAAGCAUUUUCAAACUGUUCCAUAUGAUGAUGAUGAUUCAACUUACAUUCCAUAA